ACAGCAGCACUGCUCACCUCUACCAUCCAGGUACCCCGGGGAGUUGGACUCCUGCGUCCGCACUGUGGGCAGCCAUGCGUCCCCUCACCCCCAGCGAUGGCUGGCAGCCAACAUCAGUGCUGUUGCACUGGGCUGGGAUGCAGGGGAAGGAUGAUGGGGGUCCUGAGGGUCCUCCCCAGCCCUGCUUUUCUCUGCCCAGUGCACGAGGUGCUGGCCAGUCUGCCCCUCCAGGUGAUGCUCUACUUCAACGUCUGCUACUUCCCCUGCUGGUGCCUGGCUGAGGGCACGAUGCUACAGCUGAAGUACGACCUGCUGCCCCGCUACUACCAGCUCCUCCUGCUCGCUGCCUUCCUUAUCCUCACAAUGGCCGAAGGAACACGGCUCUACCUGGGCUACAUUGGGAACCUGCAGGAGAAGGUGCCUGAGCUUGCUGGCUUCCUUCUUCUCUCCAUCCUGAUCCAGCUGCCCCUCCUGCUGUUCCUGCUCACGGACCACCUCACCAUCCGCCUGCCGCUGGAGCUGGCAGUGCACAGCCUUCUCCUGGCCUUCCUCAUCUGUGAGGUGGUGGCUGCCUUCUUGGCACUGCGGGCGAUGAGCAGGCAGCUGGCAGCUCAGUUCUACCUGCGGCAGUUCAAGGUGGGCAGCCAGGGCGAUGCUGCGGGACACGAUCCACCCCACUGAGCCCAACAACAUUAAACAGCACCAGACCCCAAUAUGCUUCUGAUCACUCUUUUCUGA